GGGAUGAGCAGUGAUGCUGCCGCCUCUGUUUCUCUCCGCUCCCCAGCAGCAGCGCAGCUCCGCUCAGACACACCGAGGCAGCGGCAGCACGUCCGCCCGCAGAGAGAGCGCUUCCCUCCGCAUAGCGUUACUGAGCCGCCGCGCUCUAAUGGAUGUCUCCUCCUCUUCUUCUUCUGCUUUCUCCUCCUCCUCCUCUGCCACCGCCGCCUUUUGACACUGGACGCUCUCGCAGCAGCCGACCUCACAUCCCCGGCUUGUAUUUUUUAUUUUUAUUUUUAUUUUUUUUUUUAGGGUUUGUCUCGACGACACACGGAGCCACUCUCCCCCCCCUCCCUCCCCUCUACCGUUAGCCCGCUAAGCUAGCUAGCCAAGCCGCUAACUUAGCCGCGAUACUUUGUACCGUGUCGGUUUUCCAGCCCGCGGCGGUUCGAGGCGACCCGUCACUCCAGGAGCAUGUUUGAGUGACGAGCAAAAGAAGAAGUGGGAUCUCUGAAGCUCCGCCUCCUCUGCUGGUGGAGCGCCCUGCACAUCUGACCAGAGACCCCUCAAGUCACUCGAAAAAGGAUGCGGAGGUUUGCCUACUGUAAGGUGGUUCUGGCCACCUCUCUGGUCUGGGUGAUGCUGGACAUGUUCAUCCUGCUCUACUUCAGCGAGUGCAACAAGUGCGACGACAAGAAGGAGAGAGGACUGCCAGGGAGAUACGGUGGGUACGCCCUGUCCAGACCGCGAGACGGUCCCGGUGAAGGCGGGAAGCCUGUGGUGAUCCCUAAAGAGAACCAGGAGAAGAUGAAGGAGAUGUUUAAGAUCAACCAGUUCAACCUCAUGGCCUCGGAGAUGAUCGCGCUCAAUCGCUCACUGCCCGACGUCCGCCUGGAAGGGUGCAAGAACAAGUUGUACCCCGAUAAUCUCCCUCGCACCAGCGUGGUGAUUGUAUUUCAUAACGAGGCCUGGAGCACGCUGCUGCGAACUGUCCACUCCGUCAUCGACCGCUCUCCGCACACACUGCUGGAGGAGAUUGUCCUGGUGGACGACGCCAGCGAGAGAGAUUUCCUAAAGCGGCCGCUGGAGCAGUACGUCCGGCGGUUGGAGGUCCCGGUCAGAGUGGUGAGGAUGGAGCAGCGGUCCGGACUCAUUCGCGCUCGCCUCAAGGGAGCGUCCAUCUCCACCGGCCAGGUCAUAACCUUCCUGGAUGCUCAUUGCGAAUGCACAACAGGUUGGCUGGAGCCGCUGCUCGCCCGCAUCAAGCAAGACAAGAAAACAGUGGUGUGCCCCAUUAUCGACGUUAUCAGCGACGACACGUUUGAGUACAUGGCGGGCUCUGACAUGACGUACGGCGGCUUCAACUGGAAACUGAACUUCCGCUGGUACCCCGUUCCUCAGAGAGAGAUGGACCGCCGCAAGGGAGACCGCACGCUGCCGGUCAGGACUCCCACCAUGGCAGGCGGCCUGUUCUCCAUAGACAGAGAUUAUUUUCAGGAGAUCGGCACUUAUGACGCGGGCAUGGACAUCUGGGGUGGAGAGAACCUGGAAAUCUCCUUCAGAAUCUGGCAGUGUGGUGGGACUCUAGAGAUCGUCACAUGCUCCCACGUGGGCCACGUGUUCAGAAAGGCGACGCCCUACACGUUCCCCGGCGGAACAGGACAGAUCAUCAACAAAAACAACCGCCGCCUGGCAGAAGUCUGGAUGGAUGAAUUUAAAAACUUCUUCUAUAUCAUCUCUCCCGGUGUGACCAAAGUGGACUACGGUGACAUCACGUCUCGCACCGCCCUCAGACAAAAGCUUCAAUGUAAACCCUUCAGCUGGUACUUGGAGAACGUCUACCCCGACUCACAGAUCCCCAGGCACUAUUACUCACUGGGAGAGAUCCGCAACGUGGAGACCAACCAGUGUCUGGACAACAUGGCCCGCAAGGAAAACGAGAAGGUCGGCAUUUUCAACUGCCACGGCAUGGGAGGCAACCAGGUCUUCUCCUACACGGCCAAUAAAGAGAUCAGGACGGACGACUUGUGUCUAGACGUGUCCAAGCUGAACGGACCCGUCAUGAUGCUCAAGUGCCAUCACCUCAAAGGCAACCAGCUGUGGGAGUACGACCCUGUGAAGCUGACCCUGGUCCACGUCAACAGCAACCAGUGUCUGGACAAGGCCAGCGAGGAGGACAGCCAGGUGCCCAGCGUCAGAGACUGCUCGCACUCGCGAUCCCAACAGUGGCUGCUGCGCAACGUCACACUACCGGAGGUCUUCUGACCACACUCUGCACACCCACAAACGCACACACUCACACACACAGCGGCCCACAGCGAGCAGUCGGGGGAACGGACGCGUUUUGUCGAAACGGGGCAGCGGGGGGGGAAAAAAAAAAAGAGACUUCCCACGAGGGGAUUCGGGAACAGAGGAGGACGGACUGGACGGUACUACCUCUGUCAGAAACCAGAGGGAGGAGCGAGUUCGAGCCUCCUGGGACGAGAGGAAAGACUCCUUCUGCGAGACCACGGCUCUUGUUUCACUUUUUUUGUUUUUUUGUUUUUUUUCAAAAAGAGAGUGACUCGAACACGAGACCGGCUUCCCCUCAACUCAUCACUUAACGUUUACUGACUUGCCUCUUAUGAGAGAGUGUGUGCACUUAUUUGUGUGUGUGUGUGUGUGUGUGUGUACUCUUGAGAUGAAUGUAUGCUUUGAGAGAGGGGCCUCGAUUCCUUGUUGAUUUCUUCUUCUUUUUUUUCUUUUUUUUUUUAUUUAAUUUUGUAAAAGGGUUUUGAAAAUGAAGAAGGAUGCAUGUGUGAGCGUGUGAGUGUCAGAGCCCCUCCUACAGUCUUGCAGCAGUGUUUGUCUCCCUCUGGUGUUACUCCUUUAGCAUUUCAUCUUACAGACUGAAGCCUCGGCGCUGAGGAAAUAUCCGAGAGACAGCACAUUUCAAAAGGAAAAAAGACAAAAAAGAAAAAAAAAACAAAAACACGGACCCGACGUCUGCCAUCAGCAGAGAUCUAGAGAUAGAGAAAUACGAUGUUUGUGAUAUCUUGAGAUUUCUAUGUCCAGUUUUUACAUGGCUUGUCUGUUUCUACUGUUUCAGUAACCCUAGUUUGUCUGUCUGUUGUCUUUAAAGAUGUUUAACAUGAAGCUAACUCACACACACAUACAUGCAUAUAUAAACUGAUGUUCACUGCCUGAUGUAGUGUUCAACCGUAGGGAGCUCUCCCAUGAGGCACUACACAUGCUGUAUACAUAUAGGAGAAAAAAGGGCCGCCCUCUGGCCUCAUACUUAAAUCCAUUUGUCAUAUCUUCUUCUCAAUGACCUCUCUGAAGAAAAAAAAAAAAAAAAACACUCCAAGGGCUUCUUUCCUCCAGUGGAGUGUGUGGAUGUGUGUGUGGGUGUGAACGCGUCAAUCUAUAGUCCAUCAGCUCCCUACGACGGACAGAUUCCUGGGUCAUCGCAUAGAACAUCAGCCAAAUGUGUAAAAAUCAUCAGAACCAGCUGAUCUUUUUUUGUACUUUUAGUAUAUUUAAUGAAGCCAUGCUAAAUUUUACCCUCAUACUGUGAAUGGUUUUCGACUUACAGCCCCUCAAAGUACAUAGGGGCUGGCUGGGAUUCUAUUUCUUAACUUUAUAUACAUGUGAUGAUAUUUAAAAAAUGUUUUGACACAGAAAGAAUCAUGACUAAAAGAUGAGGCUGGUAUCAAAUGUAGGUCAACAUGUGACCUGUCAUUUGCUGUAACUUGUUCACCCACAUGGUAAUAUGACGUUGACAGGUUACCCAAAGAUGCACUUUUUUUUUUUUUUUUUUUUUUUUUUCGGUGAAUUCUAACUAAAAAUAUGUUAACCGAUGAGGUCAGAGGAUGAGGGUUUGCUGUGUUUGACACUGUAGUGACCUGAGGAGGCGCUUACUUGGACUACUGGCUAUUUCAUGUUGGCAAGCAGAGGCUGUUGUUGGGGUUUAGCGAGCGAAGGGGCACCAUGACAAAGACUUCUGUGGUAUUUAAUGACCUCCCCUUUUUAAAGGGUUGGCUGGGGUAGAGAAGUGAAUCUGACAGUGGCUCAUGUCGCUGACACGCGUUUACAGCCAGCGUCAUGUUAUUACAUUUUUAUCAGUAUUAAUCGAAGAAAGUUGGUGCUGAAAGAAUCGUGCUGAACAAAAACAAGAUUCUGGCUUCAGAUCGUGGAUGUAAACUCGAUGUACUUGCAGUUUUGAACAGAACUCUGUGUGCACUUGUGAAGUUAUGGGCCUCAGAAAUGAUGAUAAAGAACAUUUUAGCGUGACUUUAUGCAUUACAAGGGCCUGUAACUCUGAAAAUAUUCACAGUACGACGGUAGAAUUGUGCAUGGCUUCUUUAAACAUACUAAAGUUACUGCACAUAAAAAAAAUCUUCUGAUUCUGAGGACGUCUUGUGGGACCUUGAUCAGAUUUUCUAUGGGAUGACCCUCUUCGCCCGACAGCCUGUAGCGUAGAGCGGCUGCAGAUCCCCGCUUCCUCCUCUAGCAGCUGUUAUUUUCUACACAGAGCCGAGCGUCCGCCCUCUCCUGUGGACGUAUGUGCAGGAGGGAAGGAUAUCAAAGUAGCAUCGCUGAGGGGUUUUUAUUUAGGACAACUAAUCAGGGACAGACUAUUAACCGUAGACAGCCAAAGGGGAGCGAAAGGGUCCAACUGUGGAUUUAGCGAGAGCACAGCAGCAGCAGCAGAUGACAUAUCCUAAUCCAUAACUACAUAUCUCACUUUUGCGAGCUCACUGGCAGUAUUUCACUAUUCAUAUCUCGGCGAGAGAUCGACAGACAGCCGCGUCAUCCUCAUUUCAACCGCUUUCUUUCUUGUUUUGUAUCACUCCUGCCGCUGCGAGUCAGGGCACGAGGCGUGACUUCAGAAACAUUUUGUCUUCCUCCAGUGGAGGGAGGGUUUACACGUAGGACACGUCAUUGGUUCAUCUUUGUGGUGGACGUGGUAGUGAGAGGAUUUUUCAUGUCUGAGCGAGUGACUGUGGUGAAGGUGUGAGCGUUUUUUUUUUUUGAUUGCGAGACAAAGGGAGUGUAUCGCUUGUUGUGGGUUUAUUUUGUUGUUUUGUUUUUGUUUUUUUGUGGGGGAGGGGGGUGGCAAGGGGGCUUGAAAGUAACUGACAUGUCCAGGCUUCCACACUGAGCUGAUCCAAAUGUAGAAAAUAAAGGUGAAAAAGUUUACAGAACUA